AUGAAACUAUAUAAUUUUUCCUUUCUGCGUGCUAGAUGUCCUUGGCUCACGUAUGGAUUGGGCAACCGCUCCCUCGUGGCAGGUGCAAUCAAGAAGCUUGCUCAGAACUUCUUUGGUGACGCAGAUGGCAAGUACAGCUUCCAGGCAUGGAGUGAAGCCAUCCCAGUUCGCGCUGUCAGCAAAACCGAUGCGCCCAAGUUUGGUAAAUUGGAGCCGUGCGGCGGCGAUGCCUUCAGAAUGUCCUUUUUGUACGCUUGGCAGCUAGCCAUUGCAAAUGGACAAGACAACAAGAGCCUCAAGGGCUUCAUGGAAGGCUGCCGCUCUAUGCGCGUGAAGUUCCAAUACUUUGCCACAUGGGAAGAAUUCGAGCUUUCCAAGUGGAAGGUUGCCGAUCGGACACAAGAGAUUGCUGAAAGUCAGGUGCUGGUUGGCCUGAAGCGGGCCCGUGCUGUUGCAGAAUUGCAGGUGUCUUUGAAAAAUGGAGGGCACGCUGCUGAGCCAGAGGAUUUGGCGAAGUUCUUCUCUCAGGCCAAUCUCCGUUCCAUGUCCGGCAGGGUCAUCAGCAUGAUGGUCAAGAUUUGGACUCGUUUUGCGCAGGCAGGCCCGGCAGUCUGCAACUUGGUAGAAACCUUGGACUCCGAGUACGGCGUCCACCACACUUUCAACAGCCACAGCAAUUUGGAUUUCCUUUGCCAACGAACUAGCUGCAAAACGAAUCCUGCUCUCCAGAACAGUUUGUUGCAGUGGGUCUUGGAAUGCUUCUGCUAUGAGGUGACCAAAGGGAAGGUGGCCGCGGAUGUCACUGGCCCAGGUCUGAAAGCCCUGCUUCACCGAUAUCUUCUGAAGCGCAGGAUCGUUGGAUACAUCUCCAAGAAGUUCCAGGGUGUUGAUGGUGACAGUGAAGCAUCUCAUUCAGAUUUGCCGCCAGAGUAUAGUCCCAGCCGUGUGUUGCAGACCGUCCUUGGUACCAUGGAAGGAUUCAGGACGUCUGGCCUGAACAGUGAGCUGCCUGCAAACCUUGCUUGGUUUGGGCGGCUGGAUGAGUACCUCCAGCGAUUACUUUUGUUUGGUUCUCUGGUGCUACGUGGGGCUACGGAGUUGGAUGCCGUCAUGGAUGGAUGCCUGGGCCGUGAUUCGUUGAUGAGCGCUGAGGCUUUCCUGCUCGACGCUUCCUUCAAAAAGCUCGGGCUGUAUGACCAGGAUGAGUUCGUCAGCGCUGCGCGGGAAGCCAGGCAGCCGAAGAGGGUUGAGGAAGACCCUCCACCUCCGGACCCUCCAGCUCCGACCCCUGAGCCUGAGACUGCCGUGAUCGAGGACAAAGCUGCCCCAGGUCCAGAUGAUGAAGAUAAGCCUGAGGAGCUUGAUGCCAUGGAGCCAGUCAUUGAGGACAGCGAAUUUAUAGCCACCAUCAUGCGUUGCGCGGCUGCAGUUUUCCGCAUUCCGCAAGCAUUGAAGGAGAAACCUGAUGUCUUGGAUCGUCUCAGCUUCUUCCCGCUCCUGCGGGAAACCAUGUCCGAGUUGUUCAUCGACAUUUUGAAGAAGAAUAGCUGCGAUGUUGCCUUUGUUCAGUUGGUUGAAGAAGCCAAGCUCCGACGCAACACAUACGUGCAGUUCAAGGUAGCUCCGACCCCGGGUGCUUGGCGCUUGGAGAGCUUUCCUGAGGGACCGAAGCUGUUCAGAAUUGAUCUGAAGACCAGCCGAACCCCGACAGAUGGCAGCGGCCUCAAAAACCCGUGGCGCUAUGUACCUGUCGUGAGAAAGGAUGAGAACCGGAACAUCAUUCACCGCCUUUUUGGCGAUCCCAAGGUCAAGGAUGACAAGCAGGUCUUUGGCUUGGAAGCCACUGACAUUCUCUUGUUUCAUGACGGGCGCAACCCAAGAGCUGGGGAGGUGUUUGUGAAAGAAUUGGUGAAGCCCAUGGGCUUGCGCUCAUCUUUGUGGCCAGCGCGCCGGGUGAUGGCGCUGAGGCUGCUUUACCACAAUGGGGAAUGGGAGGAUGGGGGCUAUGCUUCACCCACUUUCAGGCGCAAAGCUUCACCAGUGGGAUCGUGUGUGAUUUGCCCGGAGCCCUUGGAAACCGUUUGGUGCGUCAAACCCAAAGACUUGGUUAUCCCCGAGAAACCUCGGUUGUAUUGCGACCUGCCGGGAAGCAACAGAGACAGAGGGUGGGCCAAAAACAGCAUGAAGUCAGAUGACGACCAUCUGCUCACCAGAGUUUCGAAAAAGACCUUGGAGGCGAUGUUUGCAGGUGAAGGUGGCUGUGACACCCUUCAUGAUGAGGAGCUGGCGUUGGAAGAUGGAGAGGACGAGCCUGUAGAGGGCUCGGAGCCUGAACCUUUGGCCUAUGGGUUUGUGUACCCGUGGGAAGCAGAGGAAAAGCAGUACUUGGAGUGGUUCAAUUGCUUUUGUGCGUCGGACCAAGUCAAAGUCAUUGAUUUGUAUGCCGGCCCCAUUGCAGCCAUCGCGGCGUGCCGUUCCAAGAGAACAUAUCUUGGAUAUGUCCCAACCAUAUUGUGCAAAGAUGUCCUCUAUGAGAUGGUGCUUCUAAGGAUCGUUCUUGAUAUGGUUUUGAAUGUGCAGGGGUUCCAGCCGCGAAGGCGCCACCUCACCCGUGCCCAAUCGUUGGGCGGUGAUGCAGACGCAGAUCUUGACGCUGCGCUGCCCCGUCCGGGCGGUGAUAGCGCAGCAGCCGUGCCGUCUCAGGAAGAGGCGGCGCCGCCAAGUGAACCUGAAGAAGAGCAUGAGGAAAGUGAUUAG